UCUAUUUUAUUCCACGUUUUCUCAUGUGCUUCCUGUGUUUCUCUUUUUUUCCUUACAAAUUAGAGUGUGACGUAACUGCAUAAGUCUCCAUUGUACAUAUUUUAUGCCUGUGGAAAAGAAGAAAUAGCGACCAUCGCGACAAAUUUAUAUUCAGUUUCUUCAGUUACAUCUUUUUCGUUUGCUUUUCCCUUCCGUGAAGUCUGCUGAAUGGUAUAAAUAGAAAAAUGUCACAGAGGAAGCGCAAACUAUCUGGUACUUCAUCUCAGAACAGUGGAGCGAGUCACAGUAAAACGGAGAAGCUGGGAGACGAGUGCCACAUCAACUCUAUCAUCGAUGACAAAGAGGUACAUUACUUGAAACAAUUCAUCGCAAGAGAACUGCUGCAUAAAUCGAAAACUUUCCAAUUUUCUCCGUUCCACCCACCUGUCACAAACAAACAUGGACAGAAGUCUGGACUUGGAGGAGCAUACUGUGAGAUCAAUUUACAGGAAUUCGAUUUGGGCGAUGACAGUGCCUUUGAGUCCAGAUGGAACGAUGAGAACUUGUCAGUAAACGACAUCCUUACUUCGAUCGAUCAGCCGAAUCGCGGCGAGAAAGUCCUCUUAGUCGGCGAAAGAGGAUGUGGAAUGUCAACGGCGCUCUUAAAAUCAGCAAUUGAUCAAAGCGAAUAUUCUGAUUUCGAGUUCGUGUUGUUUUUAAAUCCACGCUCUUUUAGUUGGCAAAUGGAAAAAGACCGAUUACUCAUUUCGUUUGGAAAAUUGAAAACAUGUUUAUACGAGUUUUGCUCCAUAUAUGGAAAACAUACGCUGAUUCUUUUAGACAAUUCAGAGUGUUUGCCGAACGGAUUGAUCAAAAAUAUCUUGAAUCACGAAAACAUGCGGGAUACUACGAUUUUAUGCGGAUUCCAGAGUCCGCUGGUAUCAGACAGUCCCACAACAAGCAUCCCUGUGAAGCAUUUCAGUCGUUGUUACACAUGCAUCGGCUUCUCAAGCUCCGAGCUGAAAAAAUUGGCGCGCAAAAUGCUGGGUAAGUUCUGGAACGAGAACUUAUAUCAAAAAUUGAUGAAAGAGCUUCCUCACGAUAACGAUGUGAUGACGCUGUCAUUGAUAACUUCGUUGAUGCACCUGAAUUGUAAUUUACAAGAAGUGGGAAAUGCUGACGAGUAUCGUGAAAAGUACAUCAACUUUAAGAUCAUCGAUAUGCUGAAAAAUGAAACAGUUCGCAAGCAACAACCAGUUACUACUAAGGAGAUCAGCCAACAGUUCAAGUCUUUGCAAGAAACUAUAGUCGAGUACUAUCUAAGAAUGAAAGACUAUUCGGACCAGCAUCUUAUGCAACAGUUGUCCCUUUCCUUGAGAGUUUUCAUAAUAAAACGAUAUUUAAUCAGUCUUGAUUCUGGAAUGCGAGAGACUGAGAUUUUGUACCUGAAAGAAAAUCACUCAUUUCUUGCCAGGGAAAUUGAACAUCAUCUGAAAACUUGGGAAAUUGAUGAGCAUAAUGUGAUGAUAAAGUCGAACUGCAAACUCAAGCAUUUCAUGACAGAGGAUGUGGAUAUAUCAAAUCGACAGUUGAGUAUCCAUAUCAGGGAAAUAUUUUUCAAUGCGUCCGAAAUACUCUCUUGGAAAGUUCGUUCAUCCAUUCAAAAAAUGCGUGUUUGCGUCACCAACUUGGAUGUUGAUAGGCUCCUCAAAAUUCUUUCAAAGUUCAAGCAUUUGCACAAUCUGGAGCUCAGUUGUGAGACAUUGUCUCAAGACAACCUUUUCUCGUUUGUUUUUGAAAAACUGCCCACACACGCACCUAAUCUGAAAAAAGUUACUCUAAUUGACAUUCCUCAAAUUGUGCGACCAGAUAUGGUUGAAACCUGUCAUAAAUACAGUUCCAUUUUCAAGUCAAUCACUUUGCAUCGAGUCAAUAUUGAGUUUGGUUCCCCUGAGAAAAUGGUCAGUUUCUGUGAUUAUAUCUCGAAUAUUGGAAAAACGACUGAAGAGUUUGUCUUAGAAUUGAACCAGUGCACUCUAGGUGUUAGAGGAAUAGAGAGAAACGCUUCCUUUCUCUUCAUCUGCCAACUCAGUGUCGAAUCAUCUCAAUCUGAAUUGCUUGAUUUGGUUGACUCUCAACAACUUUCAGUUUUCUCCGAGUACAAACACGAAUCAGUGGACUUGCUUCAACUCUCUUUUGAGAACGGAACUCUGAAUAAAUUCAGCUUGGGGCUCAACAUUGUUGCAAACACAUGUGAAUCGCUUGCCAAUUUUUUCACUAAAAUUAGCUUCAAAGGGUCUAGAACAUACGACUUUGAGAACUUAAAUUCUUCAUGUAAAAAUCCAACUUGCAAAAACUGCAGUCCACUGCUAAGCGUUUUAUCAAUUGGAAAUUCAACCUCAUCUGAUAAUCAUUGGAAAAAUGCAGCGAAAAAAGUCAUGUUUGGACUAAAACAAUUUGAGGGAUCAAACAUUGAAUUUCUGGCUGAUGUCUUAACUAAGAAUUGCCAGAAAGCGCUGGACGAGCAAUUGAUAAUUGAAAUGACAACUCCUGGUUUCUGCUUGCCAAGAGAAGCUGUAGAAAAAUUGGGGAAACUCAACAUCGAGGUACAGUCCAGUGAAGAUGUGGUCGAUGAGUCAUCUUCGAUUACGCAAGAGAACCCGAUUUCUCCUGUUUAUGAUGUAAUAGAGGUGGAAGUGGAUCAUAGUGGGUGGGGCUUCACAAGGUUCACUCUCACGCCAGAGCCAGUGACUCUGCGCUUUUCCAACGGAGUCUCCGUAGAAUGGUCACGAGACUCGACAUUUGAGGACAGAAUGGUGUGUGUAGAGGUGCAUUGUAUGCCAGAAAGACUGGUCAAAAGCGUAUGCGAGUCCAAACAGGAAUCUGUAUGCAUGCUGAGUCCAUUUCUGUUCAUAGAUCAGAUAGACGAUAAGCCUUUCUUGAAACCAGCUACUGUCACUAUGCCUUACAGCAUUCAAAACAAUCACGACUUUUCCUGGAAAACAGACCGGAAGACUAAAGUGUUCGCUUACAAUGACGGAGAUGUGAAAAAAUGGCAGGCUGUCAACGACUCGUCAAAAUACGAACUGCUGGACGGAGUUUUCAAGUAUUCGUCGACUACAUUUUCCCCUGUAGGGGCUGUGACUAAUGGCGAAGAAAGCACGUUAAACCCAACUGAUUUCUGGGAAAUAUACCUGCCAGAGUCUGUUUAUCUUAUUGUUUGCCCGUCCCAGUACGACACUAAAAUCAUAUUCGACUGCAGGAAGUUUCGAAACGAGGAAGAACAUAAAAAGUUGAAGCUUACAAUUGGAGCAAGAUUCAGAAAAUUGAACGAAAUGAGUGAAGGGGAUUUGAUCUUUGGGUCGAUAGCCGGGAACCUCUUGAUUGACGAACACUACGGAUACUCGUUGCGGGAUGACAAAAAACUCGUCUUCUACUAUCCUAAUCCUGAGCAUGAAAGCAACAAACAAGAGUACAAAAUGAAAAUCAUCUCAAAGUCUCGUGAUCCAGAAGGUACAAUCACAUACUACAAAGAAUUUUUGCGCGAGGAAGCUCAAAAGAUGCAGAAGUUGUUCCAUUUGAAGCUGGAAUUACAAGUGGUUCCCAUUACUACAGAGAGACCAGGUUAUAAGAGAAAAAAUUCGUUCAUUGAAGCUGCCUCCCCUAAAAAGCAAGCAAAUGCCAAAUCGGCCAUCGCUUUUUUCGACUCAGAAGUUGUCCUGACACAUGAUACUUUGAAAGAGGUGCUCAGAACAUGUAAAAUGUCUUGGCUCAAGCUACUAGAGGACUUGCAACUCGAAAAGAACAAAAUCAACAAAUUACAAGAUCAGAAUUUAGGCGAAGUGUUGACAAUUGUCAAGGAAAAGGUGACAGUAGAACAAGGAAAACAAGUUCUUAGACAACUUUUCCAGCUUAGUGCAAUGUCCGCGUUGGACUACGAACAAAAAAUUUCAACUUUUUACUCUAAACACAAAGAGGAUCUAACGGAAGCGUUCUGGCAAUGCUCUUGGCACUGGUUAACGACAACUGAUUCCAACUAUCGAAAUGUCUCAACAAUACUCGAAGCAGCACAGUUAGCUGGUGUGCCGAAUAGUUACACAGAGGACUGGCAGUCGAUAACAGAAGGAACGUGCGUGAAUGCAAGCCGAGAGUUGGUGCGGACGAUUGACAAACGAGGAGAUGAACAAAAUGUGAUCAAACAGGUGGCCUUUUUCCUCAGGGCACUGGGAGACGCGGAGAGCAAAGACAUGGCAAUAAAUUUGCUCAUGAGAAAAAUGUAGCGAACGUUCGAAGUUAAAUGUCCGAUACGGCGUAUUGAUUUUGCGCAAUUUCCAAUUA